AUGGUUCAAAGCCUUUAUGAAGUUUUGGAGAUAGAGACGGGUGCUAGCGAGGUGGAGAUCCGGAAGGCGUACAGGAAACUGGCAUUGAAAUAUCAUCCAGACAAAAUUGUGGAUGAAGACGAGAGAGAGGAGAGUGAGGCCAAGUUCAAGGAAAUUACGGCAGCAUAUGAGAUUCUCAGCGAUCCUGAAUUGAGGGAGAAGUAUGAUACGUAUGGAGAUGCGGGAUUCGGGGCCGGUGGUCCAGAAGAGGAUUAUGAAUUCGAUGACUUUAUGAAUUUCUUUCAGCAGUACCAGAGGCAACAGGGCCAAGGCCAGGGCUAUGGUGCGGGCUUUGGAGGCGGUAGUUUUGGACAGCCAGAGGCUGAGAGUAUGAGGACGCCUGACUCGAGGAUCAAUUACAAGAUGACGACGAAACAGCUCUAUAUGGGGAAGACGGUGACGUUCCAGUUGAAAAGAAAGUGUCUUUGUGCGCACUGCGGUGGCACAGGGUUGCGCAAGAAGCAUUUCCAAAAGCCCGAGAUAUAUUGUACGUCGUGUAAUGCACAAGGGUUCAAGGAGCGUAUCACUCGUCUUGCUGGUGGAUACAUGGUGAAGGAACGUGUUGUAUGCGAUACAUGUAAAGGUAAGGGAAAAUACAGAAAGAAGUCAUCUUCGGAUGGAUGUAAGCAUUGUGCCGGAAAGGGUCUUGUAGUUGAAGAGAAACCCCAGACGGUUUAUAUUUCGAGGGGAUCGCGCCACGGAGAUGAGUUCAGGCUGCCCCAGAUGGCUGAUAUGGAGUACGGGAAGGAAACUGGUGACGUUGUGGUUGUAAUAGAGGAAGAUUCGUCGGGUUCCCAUCAGUUGGAAAGAAAGGGCAACGACUUACAUUGUACUUUGAACAUAUCACUAGUAGAUGCUUUGACUGGCUUUUCUACUACUGUGUGUGAGACCUUUGAUAAUAGAAGAUUACAUUUGACCAUACCACCGGGGAAAGUUGUGAGACCCGGAAAUUACUUUAAGUUUGAAGGCGAAGGCUGGCCUAUUUCGAACGGCGCUAGCUUUGGCGACAUGUACGUGAAAAUAAACAUCGAGUUCCCCAAGGACAACUGGUUCAACGAAAAAUCAGAAAUAACUGCUUUGAGAAACAUUUUGCCUGGGCUAAAGUCAAAAGAAUCUAAGCAGCCUGAUCCCUUAAACACAGAAGAGGUUUUCAAAUACUCGAUUUUGCAGUCUCAUGAUGAAUUACCUGAUUACCUAGCACAAGAAAGAGAAAAAUUCAACAAACAGCAGCAAGAAGAGCAACGCCAGAGUGCAUUUGAUAAUGAUUACACACAGAUGCCUUCGGAAUGUGCUACGCAAUGA